AUGUGUGGGAAGAAAAGACUAGCGAAAAAGCAGUUAUCUAAUUUCAAAGGGACUAUCACGAGUGAGAAAUGGAAGAAGGAAUGCGAAGAGAAAAAAGGUUGUUUGUUUCGUUUAGUAUAUUUAUUUGUAAAACGACUUUCACAGGCAUACAACUUACUUAAAACUAAAUUCGACGAGCUUCAAGAACAGAUAGAUACCGAGAAGCAGGCCCAUGUCGAUUUGGAACGGAAGCUUGUUCUAUCAGAAAGUAGAUGCAGGCAGUUAGAAACAUCAUUUGGAGAAUCCGAGAAGAUGAGAUGUGCAUUAGCUGCAGAUUCAGAAAAAUCGCUGAAUGAUUACCAUGACGUACAAACACAGCUUGAGUUGAGCAAUUCAGAACUGGAUGAAAGGAAAAAGUUGGCCCUCGUUGAUGCAAUUAGACAGACCAAAGCACAGACCAAAGCUGGAAUUCAACACAGGGAAGAAACUAGAAAUCUAACAGCCAACAACAAACGGAUCAAGAAAGAACUCGAAAAAACCGAAGACGCCAGUGCCAAAAUGUUCCCAUAUCCCGGAAAGUAUGAUGACGCCCGAUGUUACAACACUCGACAGUCUGUUACUAACAGGUGCAUUGACUUCCUGAGGGCGGCUGGCACCAACACUACAGACUAUAAUGCACUUCUAAAAAAUGUUGUAAGACGGUCGUAUCCUGGUAAUGAGUCGCCACUGCUUAUGAGUCCGAAGGAAACCCUGAUUUUCAAGGCAAAGCUGCACCUCUCUGAAGACAGUCUCAAAAUGUCAAGAAGUCUUAUUCACGAAUUUUUGGGUUUCAGAGUUCUUGCUUCUAAGGAUUCUGUGAACAAUCUAAAACAUAGUUUGAGCACUGUUGACAACUACAAAAUCGAUGUUGUUGUAAAAGAAAAAGUCACUGUUGGAAAAGCUACCACGAAGCAUUACAGUACUCGUAUAUCUAUAAUUGAUUUGAUGAAGGAGCUCGUUAAGAGAACGGAAUUGCUUGACCACCACAACCAACUGAUUGAAAAUGAAGAGAAUGAAGUCACUUUAUGCCUUCAGGCUGACAAGGGAUCACUAGAAACUAAGAUUUGCGUUGCUAUAGAAAACGUCCAAAAUCCAUCAAUUCCCCACAAUCUGUUGUUGGUUGCUAUGUACGAAGGAAGUGACAGUGAAGAUGAAUUGCGAGAGAAUGCAUUGAGUGUUUUUCAAAUGUGGAACGAUAUAACAGAGAUUAACUACACUUCAAAAAACGGAAAACAAAAAACAAAAAAGGUGGUUUUGAAGUUCAUAGGAGAUCUGAAAAUAAUUUCGGCAGUGCUGGGGCACCGAGGGCAAUCAUGUUCCAAUCCAUGUUACUUGUGCGAAUUAGUUUCGACUAACUCAGGACCAAGAGCGCAGUAUCUAAAAGAUGUUGAUUUCCGUGUACAAGCAGUUCAAAGAUCACUGGCAACAUAUGAAAGAGAUGCUCUCACUGGUUCAAACGGUGUCAGGAAAGACUCGGAAUCUCUUUGCAAAGUUGAACCUUGUGAUUUUGCAAUUUGUACAGUACACGCCAGCAUGGGACUAUGUGAAAGAUAUUUUGAAAACCACAUCAACGGGGAAAUCAAUAUAAUGGACAACAUUGACGUGGCGACUGGAACUACGCUGAGAAAACAGAGAAAGGAGCAAACUGAGCUUGUCAAAAAAGAGAAAGUCCAGAAAACCAGAUUAGAUCGUAUUCUCGCUGCCAGAGAGGAAGCAUUUUGUACAUUUAAUGCACUCAAAUUAAUUUCCCUGAAUAAAUCGAACCAUUUGAAGGACGGAAGACUAUGUUCAUCGAUGAUAUGCACUUUCUAUCACCUACCUGUUGAAUCAAGAACGGAUGCAGUAGUUAAGUGCGCGCAAUGCUCCGGAUUCUUUCACUUUUCAUGCUGUUCCAUUUUUCACCCAGACGAAAAGAUUCGAGCGGCACGAAUGAAAAAAUGGAAAUGCAAGACUUGUAUUAAAUUUGAUAUGCAAAUGCAUCUUUCAGCAGCAAUGACAGCUACUAAUACACUGACCGAUGAAGCUGACAAAGAGAGUUCUGAACUCACUGAGACCACACAACAAAGAUCAGCUCUUGAUGCGAUUUUGCUUACAUCAAUAGGAAAAACCAGAAAACAAUAUGAAAUUCUUCUUUCGUCAUUUGGCUGCGACACACGCACUUGGUACAAGGCGUUCACGGGAAACCAAGUACGGAAAAUACUCAGGGAGGUUCGGAUCGACGCCAUUUUCGCACUUCUAAGAUACACUCCCGAGAAUGCCCGAGUCAUGAAAGCAAUGAAAAGUAUGGCAAAGUUGAUGUCCUGUUCCAACAACAAAAUUUAUUCCGACCAAGAGAUCGACUCAAUCGAAGCUCUUCUGAAUGAUUUUCUUGAAGAAAUGAAACACGCGUUCCCAGAAGAAAUUGUGACUCCAAAGCUUCAUCUCCUCGCAUGUCACUUGAUUCCGUAUAUGAGAGAGCAUCAUACAUGGGGAAGAUCGUCUGAACAAGCCAUAGAGCAUUUUCAUGCUGUCAUCAAUAACCUCAAAACGCGUUAUGCUCCAGUUCGUAAUCUGGUUGACAGAGCAAGUCUUAUGAUCGAAGAUCUCGCCAUUAGAAAUUGGAUGCAUGAUACUGGUGCUCAGACAGAACUUUAG